ACAGCAGCAGCAGCGCGCGCAGAGCCCAUGUGGAACAGAAGACCACUACGCUUACUAAACUUCACCACUGCGCGCGCACAUCACAGGAGUUUUUCUCCACCUCCCUUCGCUUCGGAUCCACCUGCCAGAUCGCCGUGAGCGCGCGCGGGGACGCCGGAGUGACGCUGCCCUUUAAGCCCGUUUCUGUGGAUUAUCAUCGCCGUUACUGACCGCAUUAACAUUCUCCGUGAUGCAGAUGAGUCAGCGCGCGAGCGCCAGGCUGCGUUCCGCCGCGAGAACCGGGGACACGAGACGAUGCAGGCUGCUCCGCUUCGAACGACUCCGCGCGUGAAAGGAGCGGAGCACGCGCUGCCUCCCGAGGGAGUUAUAACCGUAAUUAUUGUUGUUGUUAUUAUUAUUUUGCACCCAGCGCCCGGCGGGUUUUUCCCUCGUGCAUCAGCAACACUUGGGAUGCUAAAGGAAUUAGAGAAGAGCCGAGUCAAACCAGCGUGAGGGUCUCUCCGUCCCACUCGUGGACUCUUCAGAGCUGUUUAUUCCCUCUCCCAAAGCGGUUCGAGUUGCGCCGCGAGCUGCGGGAAGCUGGAGGAGCAUCGACACGGGAGAAGCAGCAGCGGGAAUUUGGAGAUAGCAGCCCAGAAGUUAUGUAAUGCACACCUAAAAUUCCUUGACAUUCCUCGCCAAAUGCGCUGGCACCAGAGGCGCGCGCUCUGCGAGAUUAGAGCUUCAUUUUUCUGAAAACGAGCAAAACACCCAGUCCUGCUUCAGCGCCCUGCUGCACACACGUUUCAUGUCAGACAAGGCUGCUGCUGCGUCGCCAUGACGACCGAGGAGUGUCCCAUGCCGCUGGGUGUGAGCCAGGCGGGGGCGGGGCUGUGCGAGGACUAUGGCCCAGCCCAGGGGGACGACAUCAUCGAGGAGGUGGGGCCUGAUGACGCAGCCAGUGACCUGAGCACGCUGGUGGUGCCGUUCCCGGAGCUGGCACCGGUGGUCUUUUUCUGCCUCAAGCAGACCACCUGCCCACGCAACUGGUGCAUCCGCAUGGUCUCCAGCCCCUGGUUCGAGCGCAUCAGCAUCAUGGUGAUCCUGCUCAACUGCGUCACUCUGGGAAUGUACCAGCCCUGUGAAAACAUCGACUGCACCUCCGACCGCUGCCAGAUUCUACAGGCGUUCGAUGCUUUCAUUUAUAUCUUCUUUGCACUGGAGAUGGUGGUGAAGAUGGUGGCUCUGGGGAUCUUUGGCCGUCGCUGUUACCUUGGCGAUACAUGGAACAGACUGGACUUUUUCAUCGUCAUGGCAGGGAUGGUAGAAUACUCUCUUGAUCUCCAGAACAUCAACCUCUCCGCCAUCAGAACAGUGCGUGUGCUCAGGCCGCUCAAAGCCAUCAACAGAGUGCCCAGUAUGCGGAUCCUGGUGAACCUGCUCUUGGAUACUCUGCCCAUGCUGGGGAACGUUCUCCUGCUGUGCUUCUUCGUCUUCUUCAUCUUCGGCAUCAUCGGCGUGCAGCUGUGGGCGGGGCUGCUGCGCAACCGCUGCUAUCCUGAAGAAAACUUCACCCUACCCUCAGGCAUUACUCUGCCCGCUCCAUACUACCAGCCGGAGGAGGAGGACGAGCGGCCCUUUAUCUGCUCACUGGCGCAGGAUAACGGUAUCGUGUCAUGCUCGGACGUGCCGACACGGCGGGAGGGAGGCAGAGAGUGCUGUUUGGAUAAGGAAGACGUCCUGCACCGGCACGCCCUCGGGCUGAGCGCUGAGCCACUGGUCAAUGGCAGCGCCUCUGCCAUGGGCCUCUGCGUCAACUGGAACCAGUACUACACCCGCUGCUUAACUGGCAACAGCAACCCACACAAAGGCGCCAUCAACUUCGACAACAUCGGCUAUGCUUGGAUAGUCAUAUUUCAGGUGAUCACUCUGGAGGGCUGGGUGGAGAUCAUGUACUACGUGAUGGAUGCACAUUCUUUCUACAACUUCAUCUACUUCAUCUUGCUCAUCAUCAUUGGCUCCUUCUUCAUGAUUAACCUGUGCCUGGUGGUCAUCGCCACUCAGUUUUCGGAGACGAAGCAGCGGGAGCACCAGCUCAUGCAGGAGCAGCGCGCUCGCUGCCUGUCCUCCAGCACGCUGGCCUCCAUGACCGAGCCCGGGGACUGCUAUGAGGAGCUUUUCCAGCUGGUGUGCCACAUCCUGCGAAAGGCCCGCCGCCGCUCCGCUGCGCUCUACUACACGCUGCGGGGUAAAGCGCCGCCCCCAGGAGGAGGGAGGGGCAGGUCCAGAGGAGGGGCAAAUGUAAACGGAGAGAGGCAUCACUGCCACUCAGCUCAAGUGUCUCAGUGUCCACACCAAAGCAAGCUAGAGCAUAGUCCCCAAACUCUGGACAAUGUCAUAUCCCUGCCCAUCACUCCAAACCCUGAGGAAUGUCUGCAAUGUGCAGCCAACAGGGAGGAAGAAGGAGCCCUGGAGGAAGCUGACCGGGAGGAGAACCACUUAGAGGAGAGAACGGAGGAGGACACGGAGGACGAAGAGGAAGACGAUGAGGAGGAAGAUGGAAAGAAAAAGAAAAAGAAGAAGAAGAAAAAGAAAAAGAAGCGCUCCUGCUUGGGGAGCUGUAAGGACCUGUGGGAUGAGAUGCGGACGAAACUGUGGAGUAUCGUGGAGAGUAAAUACUUCAACAGAGGGAUAAUGAUUGCUAUCCUCAUCAAUACCAUCAGCAUGGGCAUUGAGCACCACAACCAGCCUGAGGAGCUGACCAAUGUGCUAGAGAUUUGCAAUAUAGUCUUCACCAGCAUGUUCACCCUGGAGAUGAUCCUCAAACUGACGGCUUUCGGCUUCUUUGAGUACCUGAGGAACCCGUACAACAUCUUUGAUGGCAUCAUCGUUAUCAUCAGUGUUUGUGAGAUCAUUGGUCAGUCUGAUGGCGGUCUGUCCGUGCUGCGGACGUUCAGGCUGUUGCGGGUGAUAAAGCUGGUGCGUUUUAUGCCAGCUCUGCGCAGACAGCUGGUGGUCCUCAUGAAGACCAUGGACAACGUGGCCACUUUCUGCAUGCUGCUCAUGCUCUUCAUCUUCAUCUUCAGUAUCCUGGGGAUGCACAUAUUUGGCUGCAAGUUCAGUCUGAAGACUGAGGCUGGAGAUACAGUGCCAGACCGGAAGAACUUUGACUCUCUGCUCUGGGCUAUCGUGACCGUGUUUCAGAUCCUGACUCAGGAGGACUGGAACAUGGUGCUGUAUAAUGGCAUGGCCUCUACCUCCCCCCUCGCUGCUCUCUAUUUCGUGGCCCUUAUGACCUUCGGGAACUACGUCCUGUUCAACCUGUUGGUGGCCAUUUUGGUGGAGGGCUUCCAGGCCGAGGGAGAUGCUAACCGGUCCUACUCGGAUGACGACAGGUCCUCAUGCAACUUUGACGAAACCGAAAAAGAGAAGGAUCCUCUCCAGCUGUCAGAUCCCAAAAUCUGCACCCUGACCCCUAACGGACAUCUGGAUCUUGCUCCUAUGCCCAACGCCCUGGGCGUGUACCCCGCAGAAAGGCUAAGCUUUGCUCUGGGCUCGCGCAAGAGCAGCGUUAGCUCCCUGGGGAGGGCUAAUCUGGAGCAGAGAGCACUGUGUCCAGGUCGAGGCACUCUCUACCACAACUGGGGUCGUCCAGCCCCCCAGGGACCAUGGAGCCGCAGAUCCAGCUGGAACAGCCUAGCCCGGCCCUCCAGGAGCCUGGCCGUGGGGGGCGGGGGCAGCCUUAGGGUCCGUGGCCCCAACUCCCAUGAACAGGAGUCCCUUUUGUCCCCUCCUCCUGCGCACCUGCCCCCACCUCUUCUAUCUAGACAAUUUGUCCCACGGAGGGACCGUCGAGCUCUUUCGCUGGAGCUGCCUGAGCUGCUGCAGGUGCCGGGACCCCCCCUGCCCCCACUGCACCCCCGCCAGCGCAAGAAAAGCUUCUCAGGGGCACUGGGCAACGUUGGCGAGCAUCAGGACUGCAACGGGAAAACACCAUCGGUCCAGCAACAAAUUCUGAGUGAGGUGUAUCCGCAGGUCAACACACGCAAAGACAGAGAGGACCUGGAGGAUGAAAUCGAUUAUAGUUUGUGCUUCCGGAUUCAGAAGAUGGUCGAGGUGUACCGACCAGACUGGUGUGAGACACGGGAGGACUGGUCCGUCUUCCUCUUCUCCCCACAGAACAGGUUCAGGCUGCUAUGUCAGUCUAUUAUAGCCCAUAAGCUCUUUGACUAUGUGGUGCUAGCCUUCAUCUUCUCGAACUGCAUCACUGUGGCUCUGGAGAGACCCAAAAUCCUCCAGGGCAGUUUGGAGAGGCUGUUCCUCACCAUCUCUAAUUACAUCUUCACUGCUAUCUUCGUGGCUGAGAUGACGCUGAAGGUGGUGUCUAUGGGUUUAUACCUUGGAGAGCAGGCGUACUUGAGGAGCAGCUGGAACGUUCUGGACGGUUUCCUGGUGUUUGUCUCGCUGAUUGACAUUGUGGUGUCAAUGGCGGGUGGCGCCAAGAUCCUGGGGGUGCUCAGGGUCCUCAGGCUUCUGCGCACAUUGCGCCCCCUCAGGGUUAUCAGUCGGGCUCCAGGCCUCAAGCUGGUGGUGGAGACUCUGAUCACCUCUCUGAAGCCCAUCGGCAACAUCGUGCUGAUCUGCUGCGCUUUCUUCAUCAUCUUCGGCAUCCUCGGGGUUCAGCUUUUCAAAGGCAAGUUCUUCUACUGCCUGGGCCUGGACGUCAAAAACAUCACCAACAAGUCCGACUGCCUGCUCGCCAAUUACAAAUGGGUCCAUCACAAGUACAACUUUGACAAUCUGGGCCAGGCACUGAUGUCCCUCUUUGUACUGGCUUCAAAGGAUGGCUGGGUUAACAUAAUGUACCAUGGCCUAGAUGCAGUGGGAGUGGACCAGCAGCCCAUGAUCAACAACAACCCAUGGAUGCUGCUAUACUUCAUCUCUUUCCUCCUCAUCGUCAGUUUCUUCGUGCUGAACAUGUUCGUAGGCGUGGUGGUGGAGAACUUCCACAAGUGUCGGCAACACCAGGAGGUGGAGGAGGCCAAGAGGAGAGAGGAGAAAAGACUCCGCCGCAUGGAGAAGAAGAGACGGAAAGCCCAUAAGUUACCGUAUUACGCCAGCUACAGCCACGCCCGCCUGAUGAUCCACACACUGUGCACCAGUCACUACCUGGACCUCUUCAUCACCUUCAUCAUCUGUGUUAAUGUGGUGACCAUGUCUCUGGAGCACUACAACCAGCCUCAUUCCCUGGAGAUUGCACUCAAGUACUGUAAUUAUUUCUUCACCAGCACCUUUGUGCUCGAGGCCGUCCUGAAGCUCAUUGCAUUCGGCUUCCGCCGCUUCUUUAAAGACAGGUGGAAUCAGCUGGACCUGGCCAUCGUGCUGCUGUCAGUGAUGGGCAUCACUCUGGAGGAGAUUGAAAUCAGCGCUGCUUUACCCAUAAACCCCACCAUCAUCCGCAUCAUGAGGGUGCUGCGCAUCGCCCGUGUGCUGAAGCUGUUGAAGAUGGCUACUGGGAUGCGAGCUUUGCUGGACACUGUGGUUCAGGCACUGCCUCAGGUGGGGAACUUGGGCCUCCUCUUCAUGUUACUCUUCUUCAUCUAUGCUGCUCUGGGAGUGGAGCUGUUUGGGGAACUAGUUUGUAAUGAAGAUUAUCCGUGUGAGGGCAUGAGCCGGCAUGCUACGUUCGAGAACUUCGGCAUGGCCUUCCUCACUCUCUUCCAGGUGGCCACCGGCGACAACUGGAACGGCAUUAUGAAGGACACCCUACGUGAGUGCCCACCGGGCGAAUAUAACUGCAACCCCAGCCUGCAGUUCAUCUCGCCACUCUACUUCGUAAGCUUCGUGCUGACUGCCCAGUUUGUCCUGAUCAACGUGGUGGUGGCCGUUCUGAUGAAGCACUUGGACGACUCCAACAAGGAGGCGCAAGAGGAGGCGGAGAUGGACGCUGAGAUUGAGCUGGAGUUGGCACAGGGCACACUCUGUUGCAUGGGUGGCGUUAGUGGAGCUGGAGGAGGAGGAGGUGGAAGAGCAGGAGAUGGAGGAGAAAAAGGAGAAAAGCAGGGAAGGACUGUCUGUUCUGGAGCUCAGCCCCUCUCCCCAAACCCACAGCCAGGACAGGAGGCCAAUGGCUCCCGUAAAUUAUACUCCCCCGCCCAGGAGAAUCUGUGGCUGGACAGCGUCUCUCUGCUCAUCAAAGACUCUUUUGAGGGGGAGAUGCUGUUGAUUGACAACCUGUCAGGCUCCGUCUUCCACCACUACUCCUCCCCUCCGGUGUGCAAAGACUGCAAGAGUCAUCCUCAAGAGCAGAUCCAUAUGGCUGAGCUGGAGCAGGCGUCUCUGAGAUCUGAGCAACUCUCGGACAAAUCCUCCUCUCCAGCACUGCCUGAUGACCUCAGCCUGGAUGAACAGAGCAUGUACCAGCUGACCAGGGAGGAGCGGGGCAGUGGGGAGGAAGCAGCAGGAGGUGGGAAGGAAUUGAUGCGACGGCCAUCUCGAGUCCACAGCACCGGUGCUGAGGAUGGGGCUCAGAGACAACUCCAGCACCCUCAUACACCGGCCCGCCAUAGUAUUGGUGGUGUUCUUUGUAGCAGCAGUAGCAGAGGAGAUAGAGGCAUUCCUGGGGGUGCGAGUGACUCCUCCACUCCUUUCCAUCUCCCUGCAGAGUUCUUCCAUCCAGCAGCAGCGGCCCUUCCGGCACCCCCCAGGAGCCAUCUGGGCCACAAGCCCCGAGGCCUCAGAAUGACCUCUCCAGCAUCCUGGGCCUCCUUGCGUUCUCCUGGAGCCUGCAAACUGCUAACCACGCAGUACGCAUCUCACAGUGACUCAUCCCUGGCCACGGGCAGCUCAGAGGGAAGCCUGCAGACCACCAUGGAGGAAGGGCUAAGCUUCAGCGUCUCUUCUCCAAAGGAACCCGAGUUCCCCUUGCCUCUGCUGGAGCCGCUGCCCAACAGGAGCACCAAUGGCAUUUCCACAGAGACCCUGAGGCCGGACGGGUCUGCUGCAUCAUCCCUCCAGGUCAAUAGGGGGCACCAGCGCAGCCAGAGCAGCAGCAGCCCUGGAGAAACCCGGCAGGGCUACAGCCAGGCCUGCACCAGUGAACAGUUAUCAGAGACAAUGAGCAGCCUGUCUUUGACUUCACUGCUUUUGCCCAGCUCUCUAGCGCCCCCUUUGGCGAAGAAGUGCAACAGCACAGGAACUUUGGAGCAGGGUGCCAAUUCGGCCCGGGGAAAGGAACCUAGGCAACUGUUUGUGAUGGACCCCCAGGGCCACCUUGCCACCCCAUGGGUGGCGGGGAGGAAAGGGGCUAGGAAAGAACCAUCUGAAGCAUCGGAAUAUGAAGAAGAAAACACAAGUCAAGCAACAGUGGUGGGUUCCAGGAAAAACAGAUGAAAUAUUCUUUUUUUGUUGCUGUUUCACUCCAAGGUCCACCACUCUACCUCUCCGUGUUUUUUUUUUCUUCUUCUUUUUUUGGCACGGAGACAUUCGACGUGAUAUUUCGUACUCAACCCUGAAAAACAAAACCUGGUCUCGCUCUGUUCUCUCUUUUCAUUUGUGGCCUGUUCCCAUUUUGUAUUCGUUCAUGGGAGUGGUUCCCACCUGUGGUUGAGAGCGUUGUGGAUGAGGAAGUUCAGGGGGAAGGGUGACAUCCUUCCAAUGGGAACAAAGGUGUAAGGAGACGAAAGUCUUCAAAAAGCUGCCAAUGGAUCCCGAUGGCUGAGUCGAAUCAGGGAGUCUAAAUGCAAGCGCAAGAGGCGCGGCAGUCGCUGUUGGAGUUUUCUGUUCACGUUUUGG